CGGCUCAGGCCCUUUUCCCAGCUCGCUGCUCCCCCUGGUGGCGGCCAGGGGCCCUGCAGCUCCAGCCCACGUGAUUUCGUGGAAAAGGUGGUGCCUGAAGGAAGCGAAACUGGGGGCAGUAGGAAGGGGAGGAGAGAGGGAGAGAGAGUGAGAGAGAGAGAGAGACGGGGAGCGGAGCUGCGCCUGUCUUUCACGUUCAUCUGGACCAAGGCACCUGACUGCCGGCACAGUUGGUCCAUCUAGGAUGGCAUCUGGCCGGGCUAGAUGUACUCGAAAACUUCGUACCUGGGUUCUGGAGCAGGUGGAGAGUGGGAAGUUCCCAGGAGUGUGCUGGGAUGACACAGACAAGACCAUGUUCCGCAUCCCCUGGAAGCAUGCAGGCAAGCAGGAUUUCAGAGAAGAACAAGAUGCCGCUUUCUUCAAGGCCUGGGCGUUAUUCAAAGGGAAAUAUCGCGAAGGAGACCAAGCAAACCCUGCAGCCUGGAAGACGCGCCUUCGCUGCGCCCUCAACAAGAGCCCAGAAUUUGAGGAAGUCCCAGAACGAAGCCUCAUGGAGGGGCCUGAGCCCUACAAGGUGUACCGGCUCCUGCCUUCAGGCACACUUCCUGAUCCAUCCUUAACCUCCACUCCAGGCCUUGGCUCCUCUGGUGCUUCCAGAGCCCCACAAGCUAUCCAGAAACCUCAGAUAAAGAGAAAUCACACUUUAUUAUCCUCAGAGGAAGAAGAUAAUGUAGAGAAUAAACGGAGUUGUGUACCUAGCCUGCUGUCAUUGCAGAACUCCCCUGCGAUCAUGGUUCCAUUUGAGGGACCCAGCAGCAGCUUUCAGCACAUGGAUGAUUCUGGUAUUGGGAGCAACAGCAACAGCCCUGAGCCCCAUGAAGUCGCUGACUCUAUUGAUGUCAUUUUACUAGAUGAUCAAGAAAUCUGCCAGUUGCUUCCCCUUUCAGAUGAAGACUGCUCCCUUUUGCUCACCUUCCACUAUAGUGGGCAUUUGGUCGGAAAGACUAAGGUAUAUGGCCCCGACUGCCGACUCGUAGCAAAAUCUUCAGAAUCCCAGAGUAGCAUAGAGCAAGUGGUGCUACCUUCUGCCAGUGUACUAUCUGAACCAACUCUCCAAGUAUCCACAGAGAACCUCCUGAACCACUUUGACCGUGGCAUCUUGGUAGCUAGCAAUCCCCGAGGUCUCUUUGUGGAAUGCCUCUGUACCAUCCCCAUUUCCUGGACUGGGCCCUGCACCCCAUCUGGGCCUGGACCCCAUCUGCUACAGGACAAAAAAUGCGUCGAGGUCUUUAAUCCUGCCAGAUUCUUCCAAGGCCUAGCCCGAUACCGCCAGGGCCUGGCCCCACCCCCUGAGUUCCAGGUGACCCUAAAUUUUUUGGAGGAGUGCAGUGGUCCUGGAUAUACUCAUAAGAAUCUCAUCACAGUGCAGAUGGAGCAGGCCUUCGCUGCCCAAUACCUACUAUAAACUGGAUUUGUAUAAGUGAAGAAUGUUCCGUUCCCUUGGCAUCUGUUACACUGGUCUUCCUCUUCCUUUCCUUUAACUCUGAGGGGGUAUACUGUUCCUUAUAUGCCCUUCUAGUUGGUGUUGGUGCCUUCUAUGAGUUGUAUCACCAGGCUUGGGUAGCUUGGUAAGGUGGUGGGAGGUCCCUGGGAAAUCCCAGCAGCUCAAACUCACAGUGCCCUUCAGUUUCAAACCCUAAAAAUAACUUCAGAUUCACUGUCUAGGUUUUUGAAUAAAGUUUUAUCUAAAAUGAAA